AUGGCGACUCACCCACAACUGCAGCACGGGGCCACCUCAAUGCAGCGUGGCGCAUCGUUGGCCUUGAACGACAGCCAAGACAUCCUGGCUCUCCGCACGGCCUGCGGCACGUUCGGGGUGGUGUGCUUCUCCGUGCUCGUCUUCGCCUUUCUGGGGCACAUAGCGCUCGCCUUGCUAAAGCUGUCUUCGCGAGGGGGCGCACCACGGGCAAGCAAGGCAAUCACUGUGAACAAACUGCACCACAUCGCCCACAAUGUGCGGCACCUAGGCAUCAUCAUGGACGGCAACAGGCGCUACGGCAGCCGCCAUGCUUUGACGGCUAGGGGCCCCGUCCCAUCGGUGCUGCGAGAGAUACGCGAGGAGCUGUGCAACGCCCCUGAGCUCAUCGAGACCCAUAGCGCGGCCGAGCAGUUGUGCUGGCUGGCAGCGCGCUACAAGCGCUUUGCAGCGGCCAUUCAGCACAGCUCCCUUGACGGCCACCGCGUCGGUGGGGAAAAGCUGCUGGAGGUCAUCAGCCACAGCAUGGAGGCGCACAUCGAUAUGGUGACGGUGUAUGCCUUUUCGACCGACAACUGGAAUCGCCCCGCCGCGGAAGUGGAUGCGCUCAUGUCGCUCUUUUUUUUCUUCUUUGACCGCAUCCGCAAGGAGGCGCUAGAGCGGCACAUCUUUGUGCGUUUUAUAUCCACCGAACCUUUCCGCCUACCGCCUCGCGUGGUGGAGUUCAUGAGAAGUGUGGAGCGCGAGACGCGAGUAGUUCAGCCCCGUCGGCUGGUGCUGAACAUCUGUGUGAGCUACAGCGGUCAGUCGGAGGUAGUGGUGGCGUGCAACCGCCUUGUCGCCCGCCGCCUCCGAGACAGCAGCGGUACCGCCUCCGCCGCCGCCGUCGCAACAGAGGUGACGAAGGAAGAGCUGGACAGAGAGAUGCUGCGCAGCAUUACGCAGAACGAGCAUGAGGCGGAGGAUGCGCAUAUCUUCGGCGGCGACGUCUCUGUAGAACCAGAGCUUAUUCUCCGCACAAGUGGAGAGCAGCGCAUCAGUAACUUUCUCCUCUAUGAGUGCGCCUACUCCGAGUUUGUGUUUCUGGACAAGACGUGGCCGGAGGUGACAAAGGAGGACAUUCGACAGGCGCUCUCCGAUUUCACUCGUCGCGAGAAACGUAAGGGGCGUUGA